CGGUCGUGUUCGUAUACGGUUGCCGCAUGAUUUUUUUCUGGUUCUGGCUCGCGUGUACGUGUAUACAGAUUAUCUGGACGUAACGGAGGUAACAUAGAUCUCGGACGAUGUGCGUGGUCAAGUGACGGUACGCGUAUUUCAUACUGAAGUGUACUAAAGUGUUGGUUUCUCUCUAGUGUGUGCGCCCGGGCCCCGAUGAGUGUGUGUCUGCUCGAUGUGUGUGGAUAAAAUUCACGGCAUCAUGUUGUUGCCACGCCGAAAAUUGGAUUACGCAUCGAUGGCGUUUCUCUCGUUGCCACUGCUGCUGCUGGUUUCCCUGCCCGCGGUAUCCGGUUUUGUCUCGUGUUCGCCGAGCCCCUGCAAAAACGGAGGAGUGUGCAUGUCAUCGCUGCGGAGCGAGUCACAUUGCAAUUGUACAUCGAAAUAUGUGGGGGAGUACUGUCAACACCUGAACCCUUGCCACACGGGGCCACGUUGUCAAAACGGGGGCUCGUGCAGGGUGAAAGAGAGCACCGGGGGCGGCACCCCCUCUUUCACCUGUUCCUGCCCGGUCGGGUUCACGGCGAGUCUGUGCGAAAUACCGAUGGAAAAUGCGUGUGACUCGUCGCCUUGUCUCAACGGUGCCACAUGCAUCUUGAAAUCACUGCACGAAUACGUCUGCACCUGCGCCACUGGAUACACAGGGGAGCAUUGCGAGCGGCAAGACCACUGCGCCUCGUCGCCAUGUCGAAACGGGGCUGAGUGCCGGUCACUCGAAGACAGUUACAAGUGCACAUGUGCGCCAGGCUUCGCGGGGCCGAAUUGCGCGGAGGACAUCGACGAAUGCGACAGGGACCCGUGCGUACACGGCUCCUGCAAGAACAUUCACGGAUCUUACAAAUGCAUGUGCUCGAGCGGAUAUACUGGCCAGAACUGCGAGAACGAGUAUAUUCCGUGCACCCCGUCGCCGUGCAAAAAUGGAGGCACGUGUCGCGAAAUUAACGAAUUGGACUACGAAUGCAAGUGUCCUGAAGGUUUCCGUGGCGAUCAGUGCGAGGAGAAUAUCGACGACUGUCCAGGACAUCUCUGUCAAAAUGGCGCGACAUGCGUGGACAGGGUGAACGAGUACUCUUGCCUCUGUCCGCCGUCGUACACAGGCACGCAGUGCGAGCUGGACGUGGACGAAUGCUCGGUGCGGCCGUCGCUGUGCCACAACGGUGCCACAUGCACCAAUUCUCCCGGAAGUUACUCGUGCAUCUGCGUGAACGGCUGGUCUGGUCCGGAUUGCAGCGUGAACAUCGACGAUUGCGCUGGCGCGGCUUGCUUCAAUGGCGCUACCUGCAUCGAUCGUGUUGGCAGCUUUUAUUGUCAGUGCACCUACGGAAAGACCGGACUGUUGUGCCACCUCGACGAUGCAUGCACUUCGAACCCAUGCCACGAGGGCGCGAUCUGUGACACCAGCCCCAUCAACGGAUCAUUUACUUGUUCAUGCGCGACCGGUUACAAGGGGGUGGACUGCUCGGAGGACAUCGAUGAGUGCGAGCAGGGGUCCCCUUGCGAACACGACGGCAUCUGCGUGAACACACCCGGUUCGUUCGCCUGCAACUGCACGCAAGGAUUCAUAGGACCGAGAUGCGAGACGAACGUGAACGAGUGCGAGUCCCAUCCCUGCCAGAACGACGGCUCCUGUCUGGACGAUCCUGGAACGUUCCGAUGUGUCUGCAUGCCUGGUUUCACUGGCACGCAAUGCGAGGUCGACAUAGAUGAGUGUGCAGCUAAGCCCUGCCUGAACGGUGGUGUCUGCACCGACCUUAUCAAUUCGUUCAAAUGCACUUGCGCGAACGGUUUCGCUGGUUCCCAUUGUCAGAUCAACAUAGACGACUGCGCUUCAUCGCCAUGCAAAAACGGCGGGAUCUGCCAGGACUCUAUCGCGAAGUAUACCUGCGAGUGUCCUCCAGGAUUCACUGGCGCCUCCUGCGAAACGAAUAUCAACGACUGCCAAUCGAACCCCUGCCACAGCGGUACCUGCAUCGACGGAGAGAACAGCUUCAGCUGCAACUGCUUUCCAGGAUUCACCGGAAAGCUCUGUCAAAUACAGAUUGACGAGUGCGAGAGCAAUCCAUGUCAAUUCGGCGGGAGAUGCGAGGAUCGCAUAAACGGAUACCAAUGCAUCUGCAGACCCGGAACAUCCGGAACGAAUUGCGAGGUGAACGUCAACGAGUGUUACAGCAAUCCUUGCAGAAACGGUGCAAGAUGCAUAGACGGCAUCAACAGGUAUUCGUGCGAGUGCGAGCCUGGCUUCACCGGGCAGCACUGCGAGACAGACAUAAACGAGUGCGCGAGCAAUCCGUGCGCGAACGGUGGCCGUUGCAUCGACACGACGAACGGGUUCCGGUGCGAGUGCCCACGCGGUUAUUACGACGCUAGGUGUCUCAGCGACGUGGACGAGUGCGCGAGCAACCCCUGUGUGAACGGCGGCACCUGUGAGGACGGGAUCAACCAGUUCAUCUGCCACUGCCUGCCUGGCUACGGGGGCAAGAGAUGCGAAGCGGACAUCGACGAGUGCGGCUCAAAUCCCUGUCAACAUGGUGGCACCUGCAACAACCACCUGAACGGGUACAGCUGCAAGUGCCUGGCUGGUUACGCGGGCACCAACUGCGAGACGAACAUCGACGACUGCGCGAACAACCCCUGCCAGAACGGGGGAUCCUGCAUCGACCUUGUCAACGACUACAAAUGUGUCUGCGAGUUACCACACACCGGACGGAACUGCGAAGACAAGCUGGAUCCUUGCUCCCCUAACAAAUGUCUCCAUGGCGGGAAAUGUUCACCAUCAUCGAAUUUCCUUGACUUCGCCUGCACCUGCACGAUCGGUUACGCGGGCAGACUCUGCGACGAGGACGUCGACGAAUGUGUAAUGACGUCGCCAUGUAGAAACGGCGCUACAUGCAGGAACACAAAUGGAUCUUAUCAAUGUCUCUGCGCGAAGGGCUACGAGGGUCGGGAUUGUGUAAUUAACACUGAUGAUUGCGCUUCCUUCCCUUGUCAAAAUGGUGGCACCUGUCUAGACGGCAUCGGGGAUUACACUUGCCUCUGCGUGGACGGUUUCAGCGGCAAACACUGCGAAACUGACGUGGACGAGUGCGAGUCCCAGCCGUGCCAAAAUGGAGCGAUUUGCAAAGAAUACGUAAACUCGUACACCUGCCAAUGUCAACUCGGUUUCUCCGGUAUUAACUGUCAAACGAAUGACGAUGACUGCACGGACAGUAGUUGCAUGAACGGCGGCAAAUGCAUAGACGGUAUCAAUAACUACACGUGUGUGUGCGAACCAGGUUACACCGGUUCAAACUGUCAGUACCGGAUUAACGAAUGCGACAGUUCGCCGUGCUUAAACGGCGCCACGUGUCAUGACCAUGUUCAAUAUUACACUUGUCACUGUCCUUACGGCUACACUGGAACCAGAUGCGAUAAAUACGUCGACUGGUGUGCGGGCAGUCCCUGCGAAAACCAGGCUAGCUGCGUCCAGCACAAGAACAAAUACCAUUGCAACUGUUCCCCGGGAUGGACCGGCAAAGUGUGCGACGUCGAAAUGGUUUCUUGCAAAGAUGCAGCCAUCAGGAAGACCGUUCCUGAGAAAAAUCUUUGCAACAAUGGCACUUGCGAGGACAUCGGUAAUAGUCAUCGUUGCCACUGUCUCGAGGGAUACACUGGAUCCUAUUGUCAAGAGGAAGUCAACGAAUGCGACUCUGCUCCCUGCCAAAACGGUGCCACUUGCAAGGACUUGGUUGGUUCUUACCAAUGUCAGUGCACGAAAGGCUUCCAGGGUCAAAACUGUGAGUUGAAUGUAGACGAUUGUAGGCCAAAUCCAUGUCAGAACGGUGGUACCUGUCACGAUCUAAUCAGCAACUUCAGUUGCUCAUGCCCUCCUGGUACUCUCGGUUUUAUUUGCGAACUCAAUGUUGACGACUGCGUUGUCGAAACUUGCCACAAUAAUGGCACCUGCACGGACAAAGUCGGAGGAUUCGAGUGCAAGUGUCCUCCGGGCUUCGUUGGACCAAGAUGCGAGGGUGACAUCAACGAAUGUUUGUCUAACCCAUGCACAUCUCCAGGUACUCAGGAUUGCGUGCAGUUGAUCAACAACUACCACUGCAAUUGCAAACCUGGUUACAUGGGACGCCAUUGCGAGGUUAAGGUGAACUUCUGCGAUAGCUCACCUUGCCAGAAUGGCGGAGUAUGUACAGCGAAACAGGCUGGUCACAAGUGUAUCUGCCCGACCGACUAUUACGGAAACAACUGCGAAUUCGCUGGUUCUUAUUGCGACAGGGAACCGUGUUUGAAUGGCGGAACUUGCAGAGUGGUCGAGACCGAAGUUGGCUAUAGAUGUUAUUGUCCUCCUGGUACCACUGGAACACAUUGUGAAAUUGACGCUAGGGAUGAAUGUGCUAGUAAUCCUUGCCAACAAUUAAAUGCCGUUUGUAAGAACCUCCUCGGCGAUUAUGCUUGCGAUUGCCCACCUAAAUGGACCGGAAAGAACUGCGAGAUUUAUGAUCCCAACUAUGGAGGCGGUAUCUUCGGCAGAGCAAACUCGAAUGUGCCGAAGACGAUGAAUGCUUACGAUCUGGAUCUGGAACUAGAGAGGAAGAAGUGCGUGGAGAACAGAUGCGAGGAGAAAUCUGGAAAUCAUCACUGCGACGAAGAGUGCAACCGGUACGCCUGCAAUUUCGAUGGGAAUGAUUGCUCGUUGGGUAUCAAUCCAUGGAGAAACUGCACUGCGCCAAUUAAUUGUUGGGAUGUGUUCAUGAACGAUGUAUGCGACGAAGUCUGUAACAACGCUCAGUGUUUAUUCGAUGGAAGAGAUUGUGAAAGGAAACUCGCCCCGUGCAACCCAAUCUACGACGCUUAUUGCCGUAAACACUAUGCUAACGGACAUUGCGACUACGGCUGCAACAAUGAAGAGUGUAACUGGGACGGUCUGGACUGCGAUGGUGAACCACCAUCACUGGCAGAGGGUGUGAUAUCUGUGGUAGUCAGAAUGGACAUGCAGACCUUCAGAUCCAAUGUAGUAGCAUUCUUAAGGGACAUCGGCCACGAACUCCGUACCACGUUAAGAGUGAAACAAGAUGAACUUGGCAACGACAUGAUUUACCCUUGGAGGAGAGAACGGGAACCCAGUUUACAGACCAACUUCUUCGGUCGUCCAACCACCAUUUACACAAAUACCCAGAACGGAGUGAUCGCCUAUUUGGAAAUCGACAACAGAAAAUGUACCGUCACUCAAGGAGCAGUGUGCUUCCCCUCAGCAAACGAGGCUGCAGAAUAUCUGGCAGCCACUGCAUCCAAACAUUCCCUAUCACGGAACUUCCCCAUCGAGCAAGUCCGAGGUGUCGUUGGGCCGCAGGGUCCAGAGUACCCGGAUUCCCCUACGAAUUACAAAUACGUAUUUAUCGGUGUCGUGAUCGUGGUACUCGGAGGAAUGCUAGUUGGCGUAUUAGUUACUGCUCAAAGAAAACGUGCGGUGGGUGUCACAUGGUUCCCCGAAGGAUUCCUACGAACCAGCAGCGGCAGCGGACAACGUCGAAGAUCUCGAAGAAGAGGACCGGACGGUCAAGAGAUGAGGAACUUGAACAAGCAGCCAUCGGUGAACUGUAUGGACUUGGAUGUUGGAAACGGUCGAGCUCAACAAUGGUCGGACGACGAAUCGGACCUACCACCAUCGAAGAGGAUGAGAGCCAUAGAGCCAGGAUAUGCCAGCGAUCACACAGCCAUUACGGAUUACGAAGAAACGGAACCACGAAUGUGGACCCAGCAACACUUGGACGCCGCUGAAAUACGCAGACCGGAUGCCGGAGUACUGACACCACCGAGUUUAGAACAUGGCCAGGACGUAGACGCCAGAGGACCUUGUGGAAUGACGCCGUUGAUGGUGGCCGCUGUGCGCGGUGGAGGUUUAGAUACUGGUGAAGAAGAAGAUGAAAGUGACGGUACCGCAGCUGUGAUCGCUGAUUUGGUCGCUCAGGGUGCGGACUUGAAUGCAACAACAGACAAGAGCGGCGAGACGUCUCUUCAUUUGGCAGCUCGCUACGCUAGAGCUGACGCAGCUAAGAGGCUUCUCGAUGCUGGCGCCGAUGCGAAUUCUCAAGACAACACUGGUAGAACGCCUCUUCACUCGGCCGUUGCCGCCGACGCAAUGGGAGUCUUCCAAAUACUACUGAGAAACAGAGCAACUAAUCUAAAUGCUCGUAUGCACGAUGGCACUACACCUUUGAUUCUGGCAGCCCGUUUGGCCACCGAGGGAAUGGUCGAAGAUCUCAUCAACGCUGACGCUGAUAUCAACGCCGCCGACAAUAGCGGCAAAACGGCACUUCAUUGGGCUGCGGCAGUGAACAAUGUCGACGCUGUUAAUAUACUUCUUGUCCACGGGGCGAACAGAGAUGCUCAAGAUGACAAGGAUGAGACUCCGUUGUUCCUCGCUGCCAGGGAAGGUAGCUUCGAAGCUUGCAAAGCAUUGUUGGAUACUUUCGCUAAUAGAGAGAUCACCGAUCACAUGGAUCGGUUACCUAGAGACGUAGCUAGCGAAAGAUUACAUCAUGACAUUGUCAGAUUGCUUGACGAACACGUGCCUAGAUCUCCGCAGAUGGUCACCGUUAUACCGAAUGGUCCUCUCAUGGGAUCACCGAAUCAUCCUCAAUUGAUCACUCAUCCUACAGUAAUCGGUUCCGCGCCGAAACAAACGAAGUCGAAGAAGCGACCUAAAACGGGUACUACCGGUAACCCAAACAGCCCCGAGUCGGAGGGUGGUGUGGUGGUGGUGAGGCGAAAGCCGUCGGUGAAGAAGCCUCCAGCAAAACGCGGCGCGCAGCCCCCAAACCAGGAGAUCCCUCAGGGCGCGGAGGGAGCGGAAGGAAAUUUACCGAGUCCGUACGACAGCGCAAGCCUGUACAGCAACGCGUUGCCACUGGUGGGUCACACAGCCACGGCGAAGCAGCCGCCCCCAUACGAGGACUGCAUAAAGGGGCAGUCCAUGCAGGGUCUGCAGCAAUUGGGUCUGGACACGUUCACGACCAACUACGGUCUGCCAAAUUUUCACGACCAAUUACUAGCGCCACACCAACGGCAAGCGCAGGGCAUGGUGAACACGUUGUCGCCACCCUACAGUAACCAGUCGCCACCGCACUCGGUGCAAUCGAACAUGACGUUGUCGCCGCAGGCCAGCUAUAUGGGCUCGCCGUCGCCGGCCAAAAGUCGGCCAUCGUUGCCGACCUCGCCCACCCACAUUGCCGCCAUGAGACAAGCAACGCACCAGAAACACGACAUACACGCAUAUAAGUGA